UCUUUCCUAGGGGUGGGAGUUUGCAGCAAACUUUGUUUAUGGGACAGUCCGGGAGCCUUGGCGGCCGCGCUCGUCUGCGUCUUCGCUGUCGCCUCCUCGCGCAGUGCGAGCGCCCGGGGCCGGCUCCGGGGAUGUAAGAGUCCAAACCUUCGGCUGCUGGGAAUCCGCUCAGGAUCUGCCAGCCGGGGCCGGGUUCCAGUUCGCUAGUUCGGGAGGCACCCAGGCUCGGCUCCCGGCGUGUCCAGAAAGAUGAAUCCGUCUUCGGUGCCCCCUUCGCUCCCGCCGCCAGGGCAGCAAGUCAUCCACGUCACGCAGGACCUCGACACGGACCUCGAAGCCCUCUUCAACUCUGUCAUGAACCCCAAGCCCAGCUCUUGGCGGAAAAAGAUCCUGCCAGAGUCCUUCUUCAAGGAGCCCGAUUCUGGAUCGCACUCGCGGCAGUCCAGCACCGACUCAUCGGGCGGCCACCCCGGGCCUCGACUGGCGGGCGGCGCGCAGCACGUCCGCUCGCACUCGUCGCCUGCAUCCCUGCAGCUAGGCACUGGUGCGGGCGCCGCUGGAGGCCCUGCACAGCAGCACGCGCAUCUCCGUCAGCAAUCCUAUGACGUGACCGACGAGCUGCCACUGCCCCCCGGGUGGGAGAUGACCUUCACGGCCACUGGCCAGAGAUACUUCCUUAAUCACAUAGAAAAAAUCACCACAUGGCAAGACCCUAGGAAGGCGAUGAAUCAGCCCCUGAAUCAUGGGAGCCUCCACCAUGCCAUCACUUCCACAUCAGUACCACAAAGGUCCAUGGCAGUGUCCCAGCCGAAUCUUGUGAUGAAUCACCAACACCAGCAACAAGUCGUACCCGGUAGCCUGAGUGCACAGAACCACCCAACUCCAAACCCACCCUCGGGGCUCAUGAGUGUGCCCAAUGCACUGACCACUCAGCAGCAGCAGCAGCAGAAACUGCGACUUCAGAGGAUCCAGAUGGAGAGAGAGAGGAUCAGGAUGCGUCAAGAGGAGCUCAUGAGGCAGGAAGCUGCCCUCUGCAGACAGCUCCCCAUGGAAGAGCCCAUGGCCUCUGUCAACCCGCCUGCUAUGACCACAGAUAUGAGGUCCAUCACCAACAAUAGUUCAGAUCCUUUCCUCAAUGGAGGGCCUUAUCAUUCAAGGGAGCAGAGCACGGACAGUGGCCUGGGACUGGGGUGUUACAGUGUCCCCACAACUCCAGAAGACUUCCUCAGCAACAUGGAUGAGAUGGAUACAGGAGAAAAUACGGCUCAGACACCCAUGGCCAUCAAUCCCCAGCAGACCCGCUUCCCUGAUUUCCUCGACUGCCUUCCAGGAACCAACGUUGACCUAGGGACUUUGGAGUCUGAAGAUCUCAUCCCUCUCUUCAAUGAUGUAGAGUCUGCUCUGAACAAAAGCGAGCCCUUUUUAACCUGGCUGUAAUCAUUAUCGUUGUCACGUGAUGCAGCCGCGACAUGACAUUUCCUGGGCCUCGUGGAACAAGAGACGGAGCCAAGCCGGUCUGCAGGUGCACGGCUCUCAGCCUCCAUACUCAACACUCCUUCUUGUCCAUGUGGCCAGCUAAUCAUGGCCUGCUUCUGAUUUACAAGAACUUAAGUUACACAUAAAUAAAUGUUCUCUUUUCAUCUUCUGCAA